AUGGCAGUGGUUCGGGAUGCGCUAGUAGACAAUCGUUGGUGGAUAAGCUCAUCUAGAUCAAGAAAUCCGACUAUAUGCUUUCUGAAGAACUGCCUCCCCGACCAUCGGGAAGUAAUAUCAUCAGAAGCAGAUGACCGCUACCUAUGGAAAGUUGGCGACAACGCCCCUGUCGAAGGUUUCUCAUCGUCCCUCAUGUGGAAUCAUCUGUAUGGACAGGAAACUGAAGUGAACUGGCACAAAUCAAUCUGGUUCAAGGGAAGGAUUCCAAAGCAUGCAUUUAUUUCAUGGUUAGUAGCUCUGGACAGAUUAUCAACUAGGGACAGGAUGAGACAAUGGGGCGUUUUGGUUUCUCCUAUAUGUCCUCUUUGUGGCACAGCUGAUGAGUCUCGACAACAUAUCUUCUUUGACUGCGGGUACAGCAAGGAAGUUUGGUCCUUCUUUUACUCUACCCUCCAUCUUUCUCCUCCUACCUUGAUCAUGGAGUUACUAAGAUGGAUCAAAAGCCCUACUCGCCACAACAAUGUCAAUCUUAUUCUGAAACUUGCCUUUCAAGCCUCACUCGCUAAAGCAAAUGCAGAGGAAGCAGAGAGGCGUUGCGAGAAUCCUAUGAAGAGAGCAAACGAAAACUCUACAGACGAAGCAGAGAGGCUCUUCAAGAGACCAGCGCUGAUGACAACCGGAAACUCAAUCUGUACUUCAGAGGCAGAGAGACUAUUCAAGAAGCCUAUGGAAGCAGCAAAGCCAAACUCUACUUCAGAGGCAAAGAGACUCUUCGGCUUUUCAAGAAGCCUAUGA